AUGUCGUCCAACAGAGCUGCCUGGCUCCCGUCAGCCAAGGCACACCCUUUUGAGGUCAGGGACGCUCCCAUGCCAAUACCAAUUGACAACGAGAUCCUUGUUCGUAAUCACGCUGUGGCCAUAAAUCCCGUCGACGGCAGUCUGCAAGCCUUCGCAUGGUACCCAUUGGACUAUCCGACGAUCCUCGGCCAGGAUGUCGCUGGCGAGGUCGUCUCCGUCGGACCCAAGGUCACCCGCUUCAAGCAAGGCGAUCGUGUCCUAGGUCAUGCAGUCGGAAUGGCAACCAAGCGUAAUCAAGAUUGCGCCUUUCAGGCUUACACCAUUCUCCAAACCAACAUGGCCAGCCAUAUUCCAGACAGCAUCUCCUUCGAACGUGCGGCGGUCCUCCCACUUGGACUAUCAACAGCCUCAUGCGCCUUGUUCCAGGAUACACAUUUGCAUUUGCAAUUUCCGACAGAGCCUGCACAGAAGCCCACAGGGAAGACACUUUUGGUCUGGGGCGGUGCAUCAAGCGUCGGAAGCAAUGCUAUUCAACUUGCUGUCGCUGCAGGCUACGAGGUCAUCACCACCGCAUCGCCCAAGAAUUUCGAGCACGUCAAAAAGCUCGGUGCAAGCGAGGUAUUCGACUACAACAGUCCGAGCAUCACCGAAGAUUUGAUGACUGCCUUCGACGGCAAGACCAUGGCUGGCGCACUUGAUUGUAUCGGCGAGGCUGCGUGGAAGAUUAUCCUGGACGUCGUGAGCCAAUCCAGGGGAAACAAGUUCAUAGCAACGGCGAAGCGUGGUGCUCCCGAUCCGCCGGAAGGCGUGACAAUGAAGCACAUCUUUGGAACGACGCUCAAAGACAACGAGGUGGGCAAAGCCAUCUAUGAGGAUUUCUUGCCCAAGGCGUUGCAAGCAGGGAGUUUCGUGCCGGCGCCGGAGCCAUUGAUAGUUGGUCAUGGACUGGAGAACAUUCAAUUGGCAGUGGAUCGGUACAGUAAGGGGGUGUCUGCGAGGAAGCUCGUGGUAACGUUGUAA